GCCGCGUGUAGGUGGACGAGGAUCAGCUGCUGGCGCAACGUCAAGGCCCGGACUAGUACUCAAUUCCGAUGACGAUGAUGAUCCAAACCUAGAAACUGAUCCGGAGCACAGUCCAGAGGAGGAUCUGGAGUUUGAGGUCAAAAAAACGCCGAACAAAACAAGUCCAGGCAAGAAUAAAGCAAUUUUCAAGGAAGGCAGUCACAAGAGGGAAGACAGCUUUUCCCUGUUGGAUCACGCCUGCGACUCUUUCAGUGCGUCUCGAAGAUACGUCGGAACCUGCGCGAGAGUGAUGAAUUCGGACGUCGCGACCGGUGGCUCAACAUCUU